AUGAUCUGUAGCCAAGCACUGUCCCGGACAGAGCUUCCUGAUCGCCAGCAUCAGUCUCAAAGUAACAAAAUAUCAACACAGGCUCCUCUUAAAGGGACAGUGCGGGUAACACAGGCUCCUCUUAAAGGGACAGUGCGGGUAACACAGGCUCCUCUUAAAGGGACAGUGUCAGCACUACAGGCUCCUCUUAAAGGGACAGUGCGGGUAACACAGGCUCCUCUUAAAGGGACAGUGCGGGUAACACAGGCUCCUCUUAAAGGGACAGUGCGGGUAACACAGGCUCCUCUGAAAGGGACAGUGCGGGUAACACAGGCUCCUCUUAAAGGGACAGUGCCAGCAACACAGGCUCCUCUUAAAGGGACAGUGUCAGCAAUACAGGCUCCUCUUAAAGGGACAGUGCGGGUAACACAGGCUCCUCUUAAAGGGACAGUGCGGGUAACACAGGCUCCUCUUAAAGGGACAGUGCGCGCAGCACAGGCUCCUCUUAAAGGGACAGUGCGCGCAGCACAGGCUCCUCUUAAAAGGACAGUGCGCGCAACACAGGCUCUUAAAGGGACAGUGUCAGCAGCACAGGCUCCUCUUAAAGGGACAGUGCGGGUAACACAGGCUCCUCUUAAAGGGACAGUGUCAGCAGCAAAGGCUCCUCUUAAGAUUAGAUUACAUUACAGUGUGGAAACAGGCCCUUCAGCCCAACAAGUUCCUCUUAAAGUGACAGUGCCAGCAACACAGGCUCCUCUUAAAGGGACAGUGCGGGUAACACAGGCUCCUCUUAAAGUGACAGUGCCAGCAACACAGGCUUCUAUUAAAGGGACAGUGCGGGUAACACAGGUUCCUCUUAAAGGGACAGUGCCAGCAACACAGGCUCCUCUUAAAGGGACAGUGCGGUUCACGGUAGAUACCAUCACCCUGGCGUCACAGAAUCCCUACAGUGUACAAGUCCACACUAUGGAACAUCUGGAUAACAAGGAUGUCAGGCGCAGAUCCAUUGACUACAGUUUCACCUUCAACACCAUUGUUCCAAACAAACUCAUCGCCAAACUCCGAGACCUAGAUCUCAGCUCCCCGCUCUGA